UGUCGGGCGGUGAUGUCGGGAUGUGACGGGGGGCGGUGACGAGAGGCGGUGACGGGGGGCGGCGAUGGCGGCGCCCACGCUCCCCACCCCGCGGUACGAGCACGUGGGGUCGCAGGGCCCGUUCCGGGCCGUGUACGAGCCGGCCGAGGACACCUUCCUGCUGCUGGACGCUCUGGAACGGGAUGCGGAGGGCCUGAGGGAGGCGCGAGUGGAGGUCUGCCUUGAAAUAGGAUCUGGAUCUGGUGUGGUUUCAGCAUUUCUAGCUUCUUCCAUUAUAGGAUCCAAUGCACUGUACAUAUGUACUGAUAUCAACCCUAUGGCAGCUUACUGUACACUGGAGACAGCUCUUCUUAACAAUGUUCACCUUCAGCCAAUCAUUACUGACUUGGUCAAAGGAUUGACUCCAAGAUUAAAUGGAAGUGUUGAUCUACUGCUAUUUAAUCCACCAUACGUGGUAACACCUUCUGAAGAGGUGGAAAGCCAUGGAAUAGAGGCAUCCUGGGCUGGUGGCAAAAAGGGCAGAGAAGUAAUGGAUAGAGUUUUUCCAUUAGUACCAGACCUACUUUCACCAGGAGGAUUAUUCUACUUGGUCACAAUUAAAGAAAAUAAUCCAGAUGAAAUUCUAGAAACAAUGAAGAAAUACGGCUUAGAAGGCACACGAGUACUUUCCAGGCAAGCCGGACAAGAGAUGCUUACUAUCCUCAAAUUUAGAAAGUCCUGAAAACUGCUCUUAACCCACCAGAUACAUGCAAAAAGUUGAACACAGAAUACUGAACUUCUAAAAGCAAUUUUUAAGCCAAGAUUUUCAUCGUCUCAAGGCUUAUCCUCACUUCCUAAUUACUGCAGUGAAACUGACCAAAGGUCUGUUUUUAUUCUGGAUACUAACCAGAUAUAAUCUGGUGUCAGAGGUAGUUGUCCUCUCAGUAUCUGCAGGGCAGUUUUAGGGGAACUGUGAAAUACCCCACUGUGUUGCAUUUGCACUUAAGCACUGAAGACUUUUUCCUCUGUAAAUAGGUAUGUGUAUGUUUGUCAUUGCAGAUGAUUAAAAUAACAUACCUGAUAUAAUUCUUCCUGUUUAAAAUUAA